AUGUAUCAGGACGAGGACGAAGCUCACGGUGAUUCCGCCACACAAGCCGGGAGUGACCAUGGGAGUCAUAUCGCGCCUGAUACUGACAUCGACUCGAAUGACUCUGCAUAUGGCGAUGACGCAAUCACAGAAACCACGUCCAUUUCGUCGUGGAUAAGAGACUACCGCAUCGAGAAUGGACGGACAUAUCACUCCUUCAAAGACGGCAAAUACUGGGGCUCCAACGACGAAGAAGCCAACGAACACCUAGACAUCGGACACAACCUAUACAUGAAGACGCUCAACGGGCGACUAUUUCUCGCCCCGAUCAGCCCUGCGCCCGAACAGAUCCUCGAUCUCGGCACCGGCACGGGCGCCUGGGCGAUCGACGUGGCCGACAUGUUCCCGUCGGCGCUGGUGAUUGGCACGGACCUGUCGCCGAUCCAGCCGACCUGGAUUCCGCCCAACGUGCGCUUCGAGAUCGACGACAUGGAGUCGGAAUGGACCUUUUCCGAAUCGCAGUUCGACCUGAUCCACAUCCGCGGCCUGCACGGCACCAUCACCGACUGGCCCGCCCUGUACGCGCAGUGCCUGCGCUGCCUCAAACCCGGCGGCUACCUUGAGCAGGCGGAGUACUCGGCGCAGUUCUCCAGCGACGACAACAGUCUGCUGCCGGACGGCGGCAUCGCCGCCUGGAACCGAGUCGGCCCGGAGUGUCACUGCAAGCUGAACCGCGAGCUGCAGGUCCUCGACGGCAUGAGGCAGCACAUGGUCGACGCCGGCUUCGAGGACGUCACGGAACAUCGCUUCAAGUGGCCCAUCGGGCCGUGGGCGCGCGAUCCCGCGCUCAAGGAUCUGGGCCAGUGGUCCCGUGCGCAUGUCGAGACCGGCCUCGAGAACUGGACUUUGAGACUGCUGACUUCCGUGUUGGGCUGGUCGGCCGAUGAGGUGAGGGUGCUUUGCGCCAAUGUCCGUGCCGAGAUCAGGAACCCUAGAGUCCAUGCCAUCCAUCGUAUGAAUAUCGUCUAUGGGCGGAAACCCGGUGGCUGA